UUAAGUUAAGAAGACAUACUGGACUGGACACUCGUAGUUCAGUCUCAACUUUCGGACGCUCUCCACUCUAACUUUAAUAACUCCUCCAACUUUCCUGAAAUCUUUCUUAGUUUUGUGACUACAAUUCUUGCAUACUUGUCAAAUUCUAAAACUUUUUAAUUUUUGAAAUUAUUCGUUCACCAUGGGCAUUGAUGUUAACCAAGAAGUGUUUGGGGCUUACGCCUUCUAUGCUGGGAUUUUAUUGGCAAAAAUGAUGGUCAUGAUUCCACUUACAGCGAGACAAAGAUUCUCAAAAAAAGUUUUCACUAGUCCGGAAGAUACAUCCUCAGUGAAAGGAGCCAAGGUCGCAUAUGACGACCCAGACGUAGAGAGGGUUCGACGAGCUCAUUUAAAUGACCUGGAAAAUAUUCUCCCAUUUUUCGCCACGGCCUUCCUUUACUGCUUCACCUCUCCAGCCUAUGGAACGGCAAAUUUGCUGUUCAAGGUUUUCACGGGUGCCCGUAUUCUUCACACAUUGGUCUACGCAGUGUUUCCGGUACCACAGCCUGCAAGAGCGAUUUCCUUUUUCGUGGCCAUGUUCGUCCAAGUUUACAUGGUGGUCAAGAUCAUCAGUCACUUUGCAUGAACGUCAGGUUUAAAUUCUUUGAGAACGUAAAUAGCAAUUCCACAAACAAACCUAAUAAUAUUAGGCUAAUAUUCAAGUAUGAAGUAAAAGCUGGAUGUAUCUUUUGGGUAAUUACUCAUGUACAUUCAUAAAUGUAUCACUGCUUGACAAAUAAUUAGUAUUCGAAAAUAAACAAUCCUUUAUGUCGUGAA